AUGAUUAUAUAUUUUAGCAUUUAUCUUCAUUCAUUACUUUGUUUUGUAAGAGCCUAUACUGAUGACCUAAUUGAUAUAACGUUCGGGCAGAGGGAAUCUGCCUUCCUUAUCAGCGAUAACAGAAGCACCAGAUAUGAUUCACCGGUGUAUUUUGCAUCUGCCAGCAACCUGGAUAGAUAUGAAGUGGAUACAUCUAUAGGUUUAUUUCAAAAUUCAUUGACUAUUUUGGGUGACAAAUUACUUGAAAACUCUAAAUUACAUGUUACUGCUCACACGUUUGACUCUGAAAUAAGUGAAGAAACAAAAACAUUACAUUUUUUAUGUCAUGCAAGUUAUUAUGGCGAAAUUCGGGAUUUGGAGUUUGAGCCAAGGAGUGUUUGCUGUAUUAUUUCGAUUAAUGCAACAUACUUCAGUGAAUUGACAUCUUGUGUUCUAGUUAUUGAUCACACAAAAGAGAACUGGAUAUGUCGUGCAUCCAUCAAGCUCCCACCCGCUCUAUGGAAGCAGAAAAAGUCACCAGAACUUACCUUAGCAUACACAUCAUCUGGAUUAUUUUCAUUUUCGGAUGAUGCUAAAAGAAAAGAUGCAUCUCUUGGCAGUUUACAACUCUGCCAUUUAUCAUUCAAUAAAUUAAAGACUUCAUUUAUUCCCAUUCCGCCAGUGAACAUUGCCCAUUCAGUACCUGAUGCUAUUCGUGAUUUAGGAAGAAGCCUUUUGUUGCAGAUUCCUAGAAGGGAAUUAAAAACGAAUGAGGACUUUUUUGUUACUGUACGUUUAAAACAUUUCGAUGAUGUCUCGGAUUUUACUUUAAGAUGUGAAAUACCAUCAAAUACGUAUGUCGAGUUUGUUCAAGUGAUAUGGCCAGCUGGAGUUGGUACACUGUCAUCGUCAUCAUCAUCAUCAGCAUCACCAAUAUCGACAUCAUCUUUACUGUCAUCUUCAACAUCGCAUUCCUUAUCUUCUUCUUCUCCUUUAAUGGGUGAUCCUAAUCCAUAUGUAGAUGUAAAUGAAUUCCUCAACUCGCCAACAGGUUCUUCUUAUACACCGCCAACUGCAUCAUUUUCAUCAUCAUCAUCAUCGUCGCCGUCGUCCGCAUCAUCUAUACGAAGUGAAAUAAGACCACAUAAUAUGUGGGAUGUAUUUCAUCGAAGUAUUAUUAGUCAAAAACGUAAUAUUACUGAAAUUGUUGCAAGAUUUAGAGAAGAUUUAGCUGUAUCAAGUCCACCAACAAAAUAUAGUUCAGCAACUGAAGUCUAUAAACUACAAUUUCGUGUCAAGAAACCAGAGGUUGAUUCACCUGGUCGAGUUGCACCACGAAUAUUUUGGAGUCUUACAAGUUUGAGUCGACGAAAUUCACCAGAUCAUGCUGUCAGUGCAAGUCCAGUGGUGACAAGGCUGAACAUAGAACCUUCAGAGUUGAAACAUAUAACUAUGGUGUUAAAAACUUCAGCAUUAGUUAACCUUGCCGUUUUAACUGGACAACCAACAACCUAUCCAGUAUGGGUAUAUGGCUUAACGCAUGAUUUAAAGAUUAUUGAUAUUACAUCUAAGGCGACAUGUCAUACUGGCGAUGAUGCUGUAAUACACUUUGCUCAAGAUAUGUGUUCAAAGUUGGGUUUUUCAGGUGCAGAAUUAGACGGUUCCCCAGGAUUGCCAUUAGUUGCUAAAAUGGAUGGUCGUAGUGCUACUGCCACCCUGUUGGUUUGGUUUCCCAAAGCUCCAGCCUUGAAGAUGAUUGUUGAAACGAGUACAAAUAGUAAUAAUAAUAAUCAUAUUAAUAACAAUUAUGAUUCAAGUAAUCAGGAGCCAAGUAAUGUGAUUACAUUGAAACGUCUCGCUACUGAAGUUAUUGCCUCACAUUCAAAUUUUCGUAAAUCUUCAUGGGCAAAUCAAAUCAACUCGACAGGAUCUCUUCAAUUUUUUCAAUACUUUCGAGUUCGUAUACUGGCACGGUUCAUAUUAGCCAGUUCUGUUCUACACGAUAAAGAUGUUCUUGGUGGGCGAAUAAAUCAAUAUGUCGAUGUGACUGAAUUCACUGCCCAUCGACUAAGACUAGAAUACACUCAUGACAGUAACAAUUUAAACUCUGGUGGUGGUGGCGGUGGCGGCGGCAGCGGCGGAAAUAUUGGCAGUUCAUCAUCUGUUCCAGAUGUACUCAAUUUUGAAUCACCUGCACGUUUGCUAACCAUUGGAGAAAUAUCAACUAGACAGUCGCAUCACAAUAUGCAUUCAGUUGACACAGUUAAACGCGCUAAACCUUUACGUGUAUGGCUUGUUGGACAACAUCCUGGUAGUGUUAAAAUUCAUUUAGCUCCAAUAGACAGAAGUUUAGUCAAUUCAUUUAUUCCACCUGGAUUAGCUAAACAACUGAAAGAUCAUAUCGCUAAUGAUGAUGUGAAGAAUAUAAACCACUUUGAAGGGACUAGCAGUAAUCAGUCAAAAUAUCAUAGUUUAGAACCCAGUGUAACUAUUCGAGUUACCGAUGAAACAAGUAUAUGGCCAGUUGGAAUAUCUGCACAAUUGGUAACAGAUUUCUCUGUGCUGAUUAGUCAACCAUCUGGGGUAGAUGAUACACGUCAACGAGUUGGUCCGCCAUCUCCAUUUUCAAAUAAUAACAUUAACAAUAAUAAUAUUAAUGACAAUAGUAAUGGUAAUAAUAAUCAUUUAUUCGGUACAACAAUCACUGAACGUAUGCCUGUUUUAUCUGGUGUCUAUUCAAUUCAUAUUCAAAUGAAAGGCAGUAAAUUAACUCAUAGUGGAUCAAUUAAUUCUGAAUUUAAUAAUCAAGAAAGAAGUUCACCAUUGUCACAGCAAACAAUUUCAACACUCUCUAAUGGUUAUCUUAAUCAGAGUGACAAGGGCAGACAUCAUAGUCAUGAUGAGAGUAGACAAAGCAAUUCAGUUGGAUUUCUUGUUGUCUGGAUACACUUAUCUGAUGGUUCAUCAGUUUUAUGGAAUCGAAUGGCUGAGAUUUACGAACAACUCUACGGAAAAGAUAAGAUCCCAUUGAAUCUAUCUAUACGGAAUUAUCGUCCUGAUUUAUUUUGGAUUGAAACAAAUUCAGCCGGCGUUGUAGAAAGAAAACAUCGAUCAGCUAGAAGAUCACGAUUCUCGUCAACAUUGACACAUGCGAGGCAGGAUAAUUCUCAUUUAUCAGGUGGUAUACGAUUGUUACGAAACUCUCGAUCAGUGCGGAUGAAACCUUAUUUGACUGCUUCAGUUGAUCCUUCAGUGUCAUCGUUUAAUCAACGAGCAUAUGGAAGUCUGUUAGAAAAAGAUUUAUCAACAGUGAAUACAAGUAGUUAUUGGUCUGGACCAGUUGUAUGGUUUCUUCACAAAGGAUUGAAGUUUUCUGGUGAUAUUCUGGAAGUUGGAUUAACCUCGCCAAGCGGAAAUAUUCUAGUUCCACAUGUUCGUAUUCAUGCAGAUAUAGUUACAUCGAACAAUGGUAUAUCUAUGAAUGAUUAUAUUAUAAAAAGUAAAGAUGCCAAUCGAAUUGAUCCAAAACUUUUACAGACCAUUGAAUCCACAGGAGGUAAUAUUCACAAUUCAAUGGCAUUUAAAGAUUCUCCCGGUUAUUACAGUUCACAGUCUAUGGCAUCAAUGACAACCGGCAUGGAUAAGAAAAGACUGAAAGGUUCAUUUGAUGAAUCUGUAUACCAAAAGCAAAACUAUCUUUCAUCCGCAUUAUCGCCAUCAUCACAACCAUCAUCAUCCUUCGUCAAGGAUAAGUCUUCAUCGCAUUCAGCUUCUAUCAAUUCUGAUGAAAACAGUCAUUUAGACGACAGACAGUCAAUUUUAUCCGAUGUUGGCGGCGGUGGUGGACAUAUUCCAUCAGAUAGUAGAGAGGCGAUAAAAGAUAUUGAAGAUAAACAUACGACUAGCCGUAGUGGAAGUACUGCAAGAAGUAAGAUUACUGACACUAACGACAGAGGUGAUGCUAACAGCGGCAGUAAUAGUGCAAGACCAGUGCUAGAAAUGAGUAUGUACAUCCUACUCGGUUUAUUUGCUGUUGUUGGACUGGUAUUUGCUGUCAACUGUGGUGUUGUUGUUAUACGUUAUCGUUGGGAAAAGAAGAAUACGAGUAAACGUAAUGCAGGAACUACUGAUGAUAAUAAUAAUACUAAUGCUACUGAUUAUGACACUAACAAUACUAUUAAUAGUUGCAUUCGUAAGAAACGCAACAAAUCAAUUAAUCGUCAAACACCAUCUCCAUCGCUACCCCUUACCAGUGGACUGUUGAACAAUGAUGAUGAAAUUGUCGAUAACAAUCAGAUUAUGUCUUCGAUGCAUGCUUCAUCUAGUUGUAAAAGAAUGCAUCGAUCAAAAAGUGAUGUAGAGAAUCAAGAAAGACUUCUCACUACUUCCAACAAUAAUAACAGUAAUUAUAAUAAUAAUAAUAAUAAAGCUGGUAUCACAAACGGGAAGCGUACAAAACGAUCAGCUACAUCAAUGUUUACAAGUCGUCAAAAACACAAACCUUUAUUGCAUCGAGAUUCAAGUUGGGUAUGGGUUGGUCGUCAACAUGUUAUCGGUGAACAAAAUGAGUCUAACAAUCAGGACUACAACCUUAAACAACAUCAUCAGCGUCUUUCUCAUGCCCAAAUGCAUUAUUCAACUCCAUCUAAUGAGAACAACAAUAACAACAACACUAACCCUAGUCAAAUAGACUCGAAACACUGUCAUUCACAUAAACGUUCAUUACAAUUCAAUGAAUCAAAAAAGCAUCCGACAACUGCUGUCCUAUCUGUUGGUGAAGCUGAUAUGCUGUUAUUACAAUCACCAUAUCGUGAAAAUGUAUGGCAGGAUACUAUACGUUCAAGUACAAUUGAAUCCGACUCACAGUUUUUAUUAUUUACAAGCGUUAACGGUGCCGGCCAAUUUGGUUGUCCAGAUGGAAAACAUCUGACGCCUGAAAUGUCUAGUCAAUUCUCUCCAACAUUUAAUCUAUCUAAAAGUGAAUGUCAAACACUUGGACGUAAUCUAAGACGUCAUGCAGGUGGAUUUACACAAAGAAAUUAUCAGGGUCAAGAAUGCAGUAUACGGAUUAUUAGUAAUCCAUUAUCAGACAAUAACAAGCGGCAAGCCCAAUCUCAACAACCACAAAAUCAAUUCACUAAUCCACAACUUUUCAUGUCUCAAUAUCCAUCAGAAAAUAUCAGUUAUGCACACAAUACAGUUGAUACACUUACAAAAUCUGCUAUUGUAUGCGAUUCUUGGUUAAACCCACCGUAUCCAGUUCCCCUGACAGGUAGUGCUAGUGCAUCUUUACACCGUAAAUACAUUCCACCACAUUGUAUUCGUGAUGAAUAUGGCGGUGGUGAAGAUUUCACCUGUAAAGCAUCAUUUACACCUAAUAUGAUUCGAUCAAAUCAGCUUAAAAGCCUCGCAAACUAUCCAGUUCUAUCGAAUUCACCACAACCGAUCUAUCCCCCGUCAAUGAUAUCAUCCCCUUUACCUGUUUUGUAUUCUCCACAAGUGAAUAAAACUGACUACCGUCAGACAUCGUCAUCAGUAGCAGCCGCAGCAGCGGGUCAGCACAACUGGAUCAAGUCAUCAGUAAAUAAUGAUGAUUCACACGACAGUUAUAAUCCCUCUUCAAUUGAUCGACCAGACUGUACAACUAAUAAUGAAAUGCUUGAUGUCUCAUCACCAAUUUGUCCAUUGAAUUCGCCUUGGCAAAUUCGACGACCACAAAAGCCAACAAAAAAACGUAUUCACCAUCAACAAGAACAACGUCAUUCAGAAUAUUAUACUGAUGAAAAGACGUGUGAUGCAUCGUCUAAUCCACAUCAUCAUAAUCUUAAUGAUGAAAUGUUACAGCCAAAUGAUGAUGAUGAUGAAGGCGGAUCUGAGAAAAAUGAUAUUUAUUAUAGUCAAAAUCCACCAUUUCCACCUGUAAGAACAACAAGUCGUGGAACAAUCAUGUGUCAUACACUUGGUCAUUUAACAAGGAAUAACAAUUCCGAUAAUAAUAAUCACCAUCAUCAAUCACGUCCACUUAGCUUACCACAAAGUUUUCACGCCACAAAUGAAUUAUAUUCAACAUUGUGUAAAACAGAUUCAUCUAAUGAAUGCAUGCAAUUUUUAAUUGAUGAUAUUCGUGGAGAACAUGAAAAGCUUCACAAUAUUAUUAACACUGAUAAUAAUAAUGUUGUUAAAACUACUAAUGUAAAUUCCACUGAAAUAACUCCAGAAGUUUGUCAAGAUUGUCUCCAACCCACAUCAUAUUUGAAUAAACAACAAAGUCCAAGUGAAGAAAGUCUUUGGUGGUAUCAUCCAGUUCAUCAAAAACGUAGACGUAAACGUAAACACGAAUCGAAGAAACACGCUGGAGAGAGUAGAUCAAGUCAUCAUAACCAACAACAUCUUCACCUGCUGCAACAACCGCAGCAAAAACAUCAUCAACAUCACCAUCAUAAGGAUAAAUAUAUUCCUACGGCAUCUGGACUGUCAAAUGAUCUGUUGAAACAAACAGUUGGUCACCAUGGUAAUAGAGGUAUUGUAUCUGGUGCGUCUAUUAUGCCUGCAUUUAGAAACACUGAUGAACAUGAUGAAAUACAGAAAAAUUACUUGAUUUCAGAUUUACAUGACCUUGAUGUAAGGAACGAAUUUCAAAACACUCCAGCUAUAUCACAUUCUCCAUUACAUUUUAAUAACGAUUUAAUACAAGAAGAUGUGGAAGCAGAAGAAGAACAGGAGGAAGAAGAAGAGGGGGCGAAGAAUGAUGAGGAGUUACAAUCACACCGCCGCCAGCAACAGCCACACCAUUAUCAAAAGGAACAAGGACAUGCGGAGGAGGAGAAUUUAAAUAACCAAUUAAAUUCACAAUCUGAUUUAAGUUGGGAUCAAGAAUUACUCUGCUUAUCACAUGAUCGUCUGGUAGCUUACUUCGCUGAAAUGAAGGAGUCUAAUGCUUAA